GGGGCCCCCAAGAAUGCACGCAGGGCCUAUAUCAGCUCUGCUUCCCAAGAGCUCGGCCCCAGCGCUGGACAGCCAUAGCUUACAAGUGAACAGCUGGUUGUGAUGGCAGGAGGCCCUCCCAACACCAAGGCAGAGAUGGAAAUGUCCCUGACAGAAGAACUGAAUCAUGGACGCCAAGGGCAAAACCCAGAGCACCUGGUGAUAGCGGAAAUGAUGGAGCAUGGAUCUCGGUCCCUGGGUGCCUCCCAGAAGAGGCAGAAGUUGGAACAAAAAGCUGCUGGCUCUGCUUCAGCCAAACGAGUUUGGAAUAUGACUGCCACCCGAUCCAAGAAAAUGGGGUCCCAGCUGCCAAUGCCCAGAAUGCUGAGAGAAUCAGGCCAUGGGGAUGCCCAUCUCCAGGAGUACCCUGGAAAUUUCCAAGGCAUGCGUUUCCAUUAUGAUCGCAACCCAGGGACAGAUGCAGUGGCACAGACUAGCCUGGAAGAGCUCAAUGUACUGGAGAUGGAAGUCAUGAGAAGACAGCUAUACGCAGUCAACCGGCGUCUGCGCGCCCUGGAGGACCAGGGCGCCACCUGGCGCCAGAGGGAGACCCUGAUCAUCGCCGUGCUGGUGUCAGCCAGCAUUGCCAACCUGUGGCUGUGGAUGAACCAGUGAUGGCCCCCGCGCGGCCUCCGUAUUGGAGCCCUCCCUGCUUCCCCUUCUUUCUUUCCUCUUUCCCCGGGCCGCCAUUGCCCAUCCCCCUUUUAUCUCCCAACAGCCCUCAGGCAGCGUCAGGGUCAUUUUCAACACUGGUUAGGCCUCCUACCUGGGGAGGCCAGGUCACUGCAUUGUGAGGUCCUGGCUGCUGCGAAGGUGGAGGAGGACUGCAUGGGCUGAGAUGCCACCCUUUGAAGGGUGAAGAGCAUGGCGGCAUCUGGACGCCACAGUAAUACCUAGUGGCAACCUUGCCUUCCUGGCCUCAGCGGCCCUUCUGUUCCAUCCUCUGUGGGCAGGGGUGUGGCUUUGUUUUCCUCCCUUGUUUGUUUCCACCUCGUGCACAGCGCUCUGCGCAAACAUCAUGCUCAAUAAAAGUUCCGUCAUAGCAGCAAAA